UUGCAGUCCUAUGGCCGGGUCUCCGUCGUGGGCUCACGCAGCAAUGGCCCGCUCGGGGCAACGGGAGGUCUCGAGCAGAGGGAGGUUCUGGUUGGGAGAGUCUAGGCAGGGGGCGGGCUUUGGUUUGCGGAGCUCCUUAUAUUCCGAUUGGGCACGGCAGCUGCCGAUCACGACGUCCAGGCCGUUCUGAAUCGAGCGGUCAGGUGGCAAACACUCUACAACCCCUGCAGAUAAUUACUAUCUGGCCCGAAGAAGGACCCUCCAGGUGGUGGUCAGCUCCUUGCUGACAGAGGCUGGAUUUGAGAGUGCUGAGAAGGCUGCCGUAGAAACGAUGACAGAGAUGCUCCAGAGCUAUAUUUCAGAAAUUGGGAGGAGUGCUAAAUCUUUCUGUGAACAUACUGCGAGGACGCAGCCGACUCUUUCAGAUAUUGUUGUCACCUUAGUUGAAAUGGGCUUUAAUGUGGAAACACUCCCUGCGUAUGCCAAAAGGUCCCAGAGGAUGGUGAUCACUGCACCACCUGUAACAAAUCAGCCUGUGACUCCAAAAGCCCUGAUAGCUGGACAGAACAAACCUCACCCAUCCCACAUCCCUGGCCAUUUCCCAGAAUUUCCAGAUCCUCACACUUAUAUCAAGACACCGACAUACCGGGAGCCUGUGCUGGAUUACCAGAUCCUACGAGAAAAGGCUGCCUCCCAGAGACGUGAUGUUGAAAGAGCUCUGACUCGCUUCAUGGCAAAGACAGGAGAGACACAGAGUCUUUUCAAGGAUGAUGUCAUCACUUUUCCUUUAAUAGCCGCCAGACCUUUUGCAAUACCUUACCUGACAGCUCUGCUUCCAUCUGAGUUGGAGAUGCAGCAGAUGGAAGAGACAGAUUCAUCUGAACAAGAUGAUCAGACGGACACAGAGAAUCUCCCCCUGCACGUGAGCACGGAUGAUUCAGGUGCUGAGAAGGAGAAUGCAUCAGUACUACAACACAACACAUCCCUUUCUGGCAGUCGGAAUGGAGAGGAGAACUUGAUAGACAAUCCCUACCUCCGCCCAGUGAAGAAACCCAAGAUUCGCAGGAAGAAGUGAAUUGUGACAAAUUGAUGGGGUGGACUGAGAGGCUCUCUGGUGGUCCCUGUGCUGUUGAGAUGCGGCAUAGGAAAGGCAGGAGAAUACUUCUGGUUGAGGGACAAAUGCAAAGGUGAUCUGCCUGUUUGGAUCUUUCCCCCAGCAAUUAGUUGUAAUUUAAAGUGAAGGCUAAAACACUGACCUAGAAACACUGAAUGUCAUGCAGGUUGAAAUCUGACCAUCUGCUCCAUGCAACAACUUGCAGUCCUUGUAGCAUCUCUUCAUCCUUCAGAUGGAACUUCCUUUUGAGGCCUGUCAGCAGUGCAAAAUGCUUCCUCACAUCUCACCAAGCCUCAUGGAACCUCAGAAGGAGACUCAUCCCUCCUUUUUCUGGUUGCUUGCAUUUUAUAUGUGCUGGUUAAACUGGGGUUCAGGCCACCUUGCUAAAUAUGACUGGUUUAGCUGGGAGGUGGCCUAAGGCACCAGUCUCACAGGUGUGCCUUUGCAAAAACUGAGGCGGUCCAGUUCUGAGUUUUCCAGGUCAGUGUGUACUUGGAGCUGAGGUUUUGAUCUAAUUCCGUCUCUUACGUUGGGAGAAUGGAAAUUCAACAGUAGUGUCAGAGUGAGAAGAGAGACUUCCCAGCAGAUCUGUCAACUGCAGCACUCAACAGCAAAUUGCAGCACUCGACAGCAAAUGUUCCCUUCUUCAAGUGCAUUUAUAGUUAAGCAUGUUGAUUGAGGCUCUUUUCUUUUCAGUUGGCCAAAAGUUCUUUGUGAGUCUUACUUUAUGACUCAGAGUCUUCAGUUUCCACUCACUUUAGCUGUACAGUGGAAGUAUUUUUACCUGCCUCUUGUCCCCAAGUUCUGUUUACAAAGGCUUAGUUCCUGUAUGUGUAUGAGGCAGGGGAAGGAAAGAAAAAAUCCACCCAGUGAAUCUCCUAGUGUCUUUGCUACUUGAUAUGUCAUCUAUAGAUUUUUCUCACAAGUAAAAAGUGCAUUGUGCAAAAAGUGUAACUGCUUCAAGAGGAUGAACUUCAGAGUUGGAGAGAGCACCUUUUCAUUACUUUUUAAAUGCCUCAGCACACUUUCACUUGAAAGCUUUAAGUGCCAUGAUUAUGCCAUUCCAGCAGCCUGAAUAGUGACUCUGCAACAGCAGCUGUUUCAUGAUGUCAUUGAGAUUUGUGGCUUCAUCAUCAACUUGGCACAGAAUCUUUAGAUGGAAAUGAGUGUAUGAAAGCCUCUUUCACAUGAGCUUUUAAGUUAUGAAAUAAUAACAGACAGUUAUUGUGGCCCAAUAAUAUCUUCUGCUGUUUCCCAGCAUUCAUUUGAUUACUAUCCAUAUACACUGAUGGAAAAAUACAAUGAGUGUUGGCAUUUCUUGCAGAUUUCCCCAUAGCAGGUUUCUUACUUAGAAAGGAAGGGUGCAUCCCUUACUCAGCUUUCUCGGUACUUAAGAUGUUUUUGGUUUUUUUUAAACUUCUUGCGUAUUCAGCUAAAGAAGGGCUCUAACGUUUGUUAAUAAUAUGUUGAUGUGCAGGAGGAAAAAACUGAGCAGUGACCACCAUCUUUACCACUGGAAGUACACAUUAAACAAAGGAAGCAUGUGUGCUUUUGCUCCAUUCUAGAGUAAAGUAGUGUGAGUGCUCGCAUGGUGGGCGGCCGGGGGGGGGAUGUUUGCUAAUCUCUCCUUUGCUGUGAAGUGCUCUGUGACUCUGAAAAUAUGUUCCUGAGGGUUGUACAGCCCUCAUUUUUUUUUUUUUUUUGGUGGGGCAGUCACAGAGUGCUUCAGAGAGAAGAGGAGAUCAGCAAAAAUCCCUCGCCUGUGUGAGCACCUGCACAGCAAAUGGAUGCAUGCUUCCUUUGCUGUACCUGUGCUUUGUUAAUCAGGUUAUCGACCAAUAUUUCUACUCCUAAUGACUGCAAGCAGAGUUUGCCUUUCUAAGCCCUGUUCCAUAAUAUUCUGUUGGUUAAAGAGACCGCUUGACUUGCUCAGUGUUCAUUUCCUUUCCCCUUCUGUCUAGUCUGAGGGUUUAAACUGGAGUUGGACAUUCUGGUAAUUCCAUUAUUGUGAUUCUUACAGUUGGUGCUAUGUAUCCUUUUGGAUCAGCUGGUGUAGGAAUGCUUUAUUUUGCUAUUAAGGAAAAACACAACACACGGGCAAGAUUAUUCUACCCAGGGAAAACUUGGAACACCCCCCCCCCAAGCCAUUUUCUUUGGCCAAAAGAUUCUAGAGAUGCCAUUGUAAUAAUUGCUGAUGUACUUGUAUAGAGAAAUGUAAAUAAGAGACAAUUGUAUAUUUAUAUAUAUAUAUAUAUAUAUUUUGGCCACUGGUUACACUUUUUUGACAAUUUUAAAAAGAGUAGCCCAGAAGAAGAAACAAAGUAGGGUGAGAAUAGUUUUUAUUUUUUCAGUUCAUAAUAAAACUGUGCCUGCAUAAGCCAAA